CAAACAAAUUAUGCCAAGUAAACAGUACACACGCAGCAAAUCAUGUCCCAUCUCAGCAGCGGCCGUGUUAAUCUUGGGAUUCUUAGAGAAACAUACAGGCGUGAACUACUGGAAUGUAUAGAUAAAUGCACAGGGAGUAAGGCUUUAGUAUGGGAUGAAGCAUUGACUGGGCCUGUCGGACUUAUUGCUGAGUACCCACUGCUGAAGGAACAUGAAGUUGAUAAAAUGUUUCCUUUGUCUUCUGGAAGACUUCCUCAAAGCAGUGUCCAGAACAUCAUCUUCAUCACAAGGCCAAAGUUGGCAUUGAUGAAUGUUAUUGCGGAAAAUGUUCGCAAAGAAGAUCAGAGUGGAAGCUUUAGGAAGGAAUUUCAUGUAGUGUUUGUUCCUAAGAAAAGUCUCCUGUGUGAGAGAAAGCUAAAAGAACUUGGUGUUUAUGGAAAUUUCAACAUCAUUGAUGAGUUUAGUAUGGAGCUCAUUCCUGUGGAGAGUGAUGUGCUGACACUGGAAUCAGAAUCAAGUUUUAAGGAAUGCAUAUUGGAAAAUGACAGCACUUCCAUGUAUUAUGCGGCUAAAGCGUUGAUGACACUUCAAUCACUUUAUGGAAUCAUUCCAAGCAUACAUGGAAAGGGAGAGCUAUCCAGACAUGUAUGUGACAUGAUUCUACGCAUGCGUAGAGAAAUGGCCGGUAGCGAGCCCCAGAUAACCCCGCAGAUAGACACACUGUUCCUGGUAGACAGAACUGUGGACCCUCUGACACCUCUCCUCACACAGCUAACAUAUGAGGGGCUCAUUGAUGAAACAUUUGGAAUUAAUAACACAACCAUCAAAGUUCCACCAGAGAAAUUUGCCAAACAAGAAGGUCAAGCAAUGGCAGAAGUUCCCACAGAACCCAAAAAGAUUAGGUUAAACUCUGCUGAAGAACUCUUUGCAGAAAUUAGAGACAAAAAUUUUAAUGCUGUUGGACCAGUGUUGAGUAGGAAGGCCAAGUUGAUAUCAGCUCAGUAUAAUGAACGCCACCAAGCUAAAUCUGUGAGUCAGAUGAAGGAAUUUGUAUCAAAGCUACCGCACAUGCAGCAGGCCAAGCAAUCUUUAUCCACACACACUUCCAUAGCAGAACUGGUGAAGGAGGUAACAGAUGAUGACCAGUUUAUGGAAAAUCUAAGAGCUCAGCAAGAUUUUGUCAAUGGGUUAGAAACAGAUAAAGCUCAUCCAUAUAUUGAUGAUUGUAUAGCCAAGGAGGAACCAUUGAUUAAGGUUCUGCGUCUGAUGUGUGUGCAAUGCUACUGUAACAAUGGAUUCAAACCAAAAGUCCUUGAAUAUUAUAAAAGAGAAAUAAUACAGACUUAUGGUUACCAGCACAUCCUUACGUUGAACAACCUGGAAAAAGCAGGAUUACUCAGACAGCAGGGGCAGCGGACAUAUCCCGUUAUUAAGAAAAGUCUUCGAUUGGUUGUAGAUGAAGUAAAUGAACAAAACCCCAAUGAUAUUGCCUACGUGUUCAGUGGGUAUGCCCCCCUGAGUGUGCGCCUGGCUCAGAUCUUAACUCGCCCAGGUUGGCGCAGCAUAACGGAGGUGCUUCAGAUGCUUCCUGGAUCAACUUUUGAAGAAAUACAACAGAUUCCUGUUGGACUGAGAAAAAGAAAAGCCUCUAUAACAUCAACACAUUCCAACACAAUGGAUCAGAAAGUGGUGCUCAUAUUCUUCCUGGGAGGCGUGACAUAUGCAGAGAUUGCUGCUCUGCGUUUCUUAUCACAGCAGGAAGAUGGGCCUGCUGAUUACAUAAUAGCUACAACCAAACUGAUUAAUGGGAAAACGUGGCUAGAAGCAAUAAUGGAAAAUGUAGUGCCAGAAGAAGGGAACCCAUUUUUGAUGUAACAGAUUUGGAA